AUGAUCUACAAAGACUGUUUGCUUGUACCUGGCCUUGUGACAAACCUUAUUGGCACAAAAUUGGUGACACAUGCACAAGGAAAAGUGACUUUUGAGAAAGAAGUCAUAACAGUACAGGAUAAGGACAGACAUGCAGUUGGUGUGCCAACAAGUGGAGAUGGUUACCCUGCCAUUGCCAUGAUGAUAUGGGAUGACAGCAUGCCAGAGCCCACUGUUUCCCUCACUUUCACAUCCAGGAUGGUGAAUGCAACCCACUCCUACAGAAUGUGUAAUAAAGCAAACCUCUGGCACCAGCAAUUGGGCCAUGCCAGUCAUGAUGCCAUCAUGUGGACAUGUACAGUGACCCUUUCACAUGAUAUCCCAUUGAAUGCUGCCACUGAGCCUGAAACACCAUGUGACAUAUGUGUGCAUAGCAAAGCAACAGCAAAGAACACCGCUCACCCCAGGCGAUUAGGGACACCACUUGAGUUAGUUUCAAUGGAUGUAAUGGGCCCACUUCAUGGCAAUGUGAAAUUUGUAUACAUACUCAUCAUACAUGACACAUUUUCAGGCAUGAUCUGGGUAUGGGGUCUAACAAGCAAGAAGGAGGCAUCUCAAGAAGCCACAUGGUGGCUAUCGGAGAUGCACAUCACCACACAUAAGGAACUGUCAGAGGUGAUCAUUGACCAAGGAAUCAAGGAGGUCUGGGUUGAUCAAGGCAAGCUAUGGUCAAAGGUCUUCCAAGACCUCUGCUCAUCAAUGGGUGUGAAGAUAACAGCUUCACCCACCCAACAUCAUACUGACAAUGCCUUCACUGAAUGGGCCAUCCAGACCAUUCAGAAGAUCAUGCAUAGCCUACUGUAUGACUCCAGAAUGGAUGAGUGCUGGUGGCCCCAUGCAAUUGCACAGGCAGCAUUCAUUCACAACAGACUUGCAGGCAGUACUCAUGGCAAUGUGACUCCAUAUGAGCUCUUCUAUACAGAACACCCAGAAUUACAUCACAUAUGGCAUUUUGGUUGUGUGGCAUAUGACAUACUCAGAGGGAGCACUCACUUGACAUGGCUCUGA